AUGGACAUAGGAAGUGGCGAAGGAUACCCCGAGGCAUCGUUGUCGAAUUUUGCGCCUCAUCCCUUUGAGAUUGACGGUGUGCAGUGCGCAUCUAUGGAGGGUUUCCUUCAAUCGCUGAAAUUCAAAGACCCCGAGAUGCAGAGGCACGUCUGCACAUUGGUGGGCAAGACCGCCAAAUUCAAGGGCAAGCGAAAAAAGUGGUGGCAGACACAGACCCUAUAUUGGCAAGGUGUAGAAUACAAGCGUGAGAGCGAGGAAUAUCAGGCUUUGUUGGAUAGGGCGUUUGAGGCUCUGUCCCGAAAUUCGGGAUUUGCACGGGCGCUUUUAGCCACGGGCAACGCAACGCUGACACAUAGCAUAGGCAAGCGAAAGAAAACGGAGACGGUCUUGACAAUUUCGGAGUUUUGUUCCCGUCUUACGGCUAUCCAAAACCGCAAAAAACCGCUUUAUAAUCCCCGAAUAGGGCAUUUUACGUUGGUGAAAAUCCCGAAGACCGCCGAGCCGAUAAUCGGGACUUUCGUGGAGGAACUGACCCCCGAAGGUGCGGACACAAGGCGUUCUAUCAGUUGCGAGAGGUACAAGACACGCUCGGGCGUGUACUACAUAGAACUGACCGAAACAACGGCGCACCGAAACACGACGGCACAAGGGACACAACCCGAAUACGGCAAGCCGACGUAUGAAUGGUGGCAGUUCCGUCUUGACGACGUGAAUAUGCCCUCCAAGGCUGACAUUAUCGCAAUGUUCACAAGCCUCGCCCCUACUCUGAGGGCGUUGCCGAUAACAACAACAGACACAAAACCCGAAAAAGCAACAUAA